ACUCCACUUACAUCUCCAAAUAUUUUGACGCCGGGAUUUUACCUAUUUAAAGCCAUUUAUUAUUCACGUAUCAAGGACCAAGUUAUUUAAGAAUAUCAGAUAACCUCGUACGCUUGUCACACAGGUGCAACAUAUUCUUUGUCGGUGGCAGAGAGGAUUUUGCAGCCAGUAACCACAAUUGUGGGUUUAUAGCGUUAUUACAGACUUGAGCUCCCACUUUCAGUAUUGUGAGAAAUAACCAAGACUGUAUAUCAGAUUAUUGCAUUUUUGCAAGAUGUUGCGCUUCUUAUGAACACAUAGAUGCUUGUUUAUCAGAAGUAUGGCACAAAAGGACAAGUGAGUUGAGAAACUAAUUUACCCAAAAUAAUGCUCGAUCGAAUAUUGUCAGUAUGGUUUUGGUUUCGAUCAGAUCGCCCUGGCUUCUGUCUGGGAACAUGUUUAUUGACAACACUCAUGGUGCUGAUGUAUACUGGGGGCCUCCAGGCAAGUCUCAGCUUAGGUCCAGGUGGAGACUUCCCAAGGAUCAGAGAUGUGUUCCUGUAUGCUUUCAGUCACGAUGAGCUGCCCUCUCUUCUGGUCAGUGUUGCUUUCCUGCUGUUGGUUGGACGCUGUCAGGAGCGUCGCUGGGGAACAGUCGCCUUCCUCGCCCUCUCCAUCCUGACGAUGACCAUAUUACCUCUUCUGUACAGCCUGAUCCUCUUUGUCGGUAGCGGUGAGGCAAGUCGGAUCUGUGGUUACUCUGCCAUCCAGCUGGCUCUGUUUACAGCACAGUGUCGUCAGGUGACACAGAGGAGGCUGCUGAGGUGUUUGCCAGUCUGGUUUCUCCCCUGGCUCCUUCUGCUGAUUGGUCUGCUGCUGCUGCCCGGGACACCUGCUCUGCUUCACUUCUGCACAAUAUUCAUCGGACACAACUAUCAUCAGUCCUUCAUUGGGACGUUACAGGAGCUGGAGGAGAUCAGGGUCUUGGAUUUCAUUCCUUAUUGGGCAUAUGUUCCCACUUCGGCCCGGUUCAGAUUGCCCACUUAUACAACCUCACAGAGAUCUAGAUCCCCUCCUCAGAGGAUGCCUGUGGAUCAGGCAGCUGCUCCCCCCAUGAGGGAUCCCUCCGUUUUAAACUACCACCCACUGGUGGAUCCAGUGCCUGCCUGGAUAAUGAAAGAGUCUGCUGCACAGUCUGAGGCCGAGGUGCUGGAGGAACAGAUGCUAAGAGCAGGCAUACUGGCCUCAUUACAGGAUUCUCCUGAUGACCCAGAUGCAAAAGUGGAGGUGCCCAAAUCAUCGGUUUCCUCUCUGCGUCUCCAGCAGCUGGAGAAAAUGGGCUUCCCCACGGAGAAAGCUGUAGUGGCCCUAGCAGCCUCAAAACAGCUAGAUGGCGCCAUUUCUCUGCUCAUUGAUGACAGCGUUGGAGAACAGGCCGUGGUGGUGUCAAAAGGGAAGAGCCUCCCUCCACCCCCCAGCAGCUAGACGAUCUCACUCUGCUGGACUAAACAGUGUUUGCUCUUGUGCAGUAAACUGGACAUACGCUAUGCUUGGGUUUUGCUGAGCUUCAAUAUUAUAUUUUCCCUGUGGGCUACUGGUUGAGCUAUUUGACGACCAGAAUUCCUGUGGAAAAGUGGGAGGAGGGUUGCUGUUUUUCCAUGACUGUGAGUGUAAUCAAGUGUAGAUGCAAACUUGAGUGCUUUGGAGACAAUAUCUGUAUCAUAAAAUGUACUUUGGAGAGAGUGGGUGUUUUUUCUUUUAUGCUGUUACCAAGUUUAAUGAAUACUGACAGAAAUAAAGAGAGGUGACAUGUUA